AUGCUGCGAAUGGCAAAGGAUGUGAGCAUGAAACAGGAAGACUCAGCCUCCCUGAAUGGAGACCUGAUCAGCUGGGACAUCAACGAUAUCAAGCUUCCUAAGGAUAUGAAACAAGUUGACUGCUUUCAAGAAUGGCCAGAUUCUUACGUAAAAUGCGUCUAUAGCAGCAAUGAUAAAAACGCUCAACGGCACCUGAGCAGCUGGGCCAUGAGGAACACCAACAACCAUAACUCGCGCAUCUUAAAGAAGUCCUGUCUUGGAGUGGUUGUCUGCAGCAAUGAUUGCUCAACCCCCAACGGGAGGAAAAUGUAUCUGAGACCAGCCAUAUGUGAUAAAGCCAGGCAAAAACAGCAAAGGAAAUCCUGUCCUAACUGCAAUGGGCCUUUGAAGCUCAUUCCCUGUCGAGGCCAUGGUGGGUAUCCUGUAACCAACUUUUGGAGACAUGAAGAACCAUUUAUAUUUUUUCAGUCUAAGGGUACUCACAAUCACCCAAGGCCAGAAACAAAGCUAGAAGCAGAAGCAAGAAGAUCAAUACAAAAAGCACGCACAAUUGUUCUAUCCGCAUCCCCGAAACUUAAACGGAGCAGGGAUAUUGAGUCCCUGACAGGUGAGAUGCAGAGCCAGGACACUUUACCACUGAUCGUUUCUGAACAGGAAGAAUUGUUGUCACAGGAGAGCAUCAGCGACCCCUUCAGGGACAAAAUGUCUGAAGAGCAAGUGCUUGACAAUUGUUUACCACUCACUGAAAGCUACAAUUUUGGAAAAUCAUCCUAUCCAAUAGAGCAAGGUCUGGUUAUGGACUGUGAUGGAUGCUUGAACAAAUGUCAUCAAAUUGGAAUCAGGGAAUAUGACAGCCAAGACCCAAUGGAAGCUCCUGCUUAUUCUGAAUGCAGGGAGCAACAAGGCUGGAACAAAAACAUGGAGCUAGGCAGAAACCUGCUGGCAGACAAACAUCAUGACGACAUGACUACCUUUCUGGCAGAUCUGCACUGUGAAACAUUAGGUUCCCUAAAUGCCAAUGAUUUUGGCAUCUCGCAUCCUCCUGAAAUCCCCCCUAUACUGAAGGUUGGCUACCACCCAUUCAAGUCUAAUGCAAAUAUAUUUGGAGAAGACACAUAUGAAGGAAAACCACACCUGAAUUAUAGCAACAGCAACAUCCCUUCCUCCUUCUGCCAGCUUUCUCCAGAAGACCCUUACCUCAUUGCAGACAGUGCCUAUCAUUAUUACCAGAAUGCCUUGCCCAUGAAAGGAAAUGAAUGGCAGACUGAUGAUGACAGGAAAUAUAUGAACCUGGAUCACUGCAACAACGAGGUGUUUUUUAGCCUCUUCCCUUUACGGUGA